AUGUUGACCUCUCAGCCAUUCGCUCACAGGGCACGGUCGUCUCUCGUCCGAGUCGGCUGGAGACGGUCAUUCGGCGAUGAGAACAGGACGCAGAAGAAGCCUCUGCACUACUCUCCUUGGAAGGGAACGUCCUACCUCGUCUACAACAAGUAUUUGUUCUGGUUUCGCUCUGUGGAGAAAGACCUCGGCUUUCGUAUGGAGGAGGUGGUCACGGUCUCGUGCUUUGGAUCCCCAGCAGUCCUGAAGCAGUUCUUCGAUGACUGCCGGGACGCGUACCUGAAGCUGACCAAGAACAAGACCACUAUCUUCGAACACUAUGAUGGCAAGUGGAAAAGGACGCACGUGAAGAGCACCAAGCCAAUCUCCACUGUUGUCAUGAAUGAGGAGGUGAAGGCGGCACUCAUACGGGACAUCGAAGGCUUCUUGCAUCAGGAAGCUCCCGCAUGGCAUCUCAGCCGUGGCAUCCCUUACCGAAAGGGAUACUUGCUUUACGGGCCGCCUGGGACCGGGAAGUCCAGUUUGUGCUUGUCUUUGGCGGGGCGCUUUGGCUUGGCCGUCUACAUCCUCAACAUCUCUGCCGCCGGAAGCCACUCCCUAAGCUCUCUGCUUGCGGAACUCCCGCCUCGUUGUGUCCUCCUGCUGGAAGACGUGGACGCUGUUGGUCUAGCGCAGCCUCGGCAAAGCGAAACGGACAUCAGCCAAGCCAAGGAAGAUGCCGCCUGGGACCGGCCCCGAUCUCAAGGGAAGCUGUCGCUAGCGGAGCUUCUCAACGCUCUCGAUGGCGUAUCGUCACAUGAGGGUCGGCUGCUCAUAAUGACGACGAAUCACUUGGACCAUCUAGAUCAGGCACUCAUCCGGGCUAGCCGUGUAGACAAGAAAAUCGAGCUUCCGAAUGCCGACAAGGACGUGAUGUUCCGACUCUUCUACAUGAUCUUCAAGCAAUGGGAAGGCGACAUCCUCAAUCCCAAGCAACCUUUUGAAGAUGACGAGACGGUGAAGCGAUAUGCGGCCGAAUUCGCGAGGGAAAUACCGGAAGGGGAGUUCUCCCCGGCCGAGAUUCAAUCCUUCCUGGUGGAACACAGAGGCUCGGCCCGUGUGGCGGUGGAGAAGGACCUCCAGGAACAUUUUUCUCGCCUCGACUUGCCGGUUGGCUACAUUCACAUCUGUGAUACUGGUGUGCCUCUCGGCACGGUCGUUCGCGCCAUCGCGUGUGGCUCUUCUUGA